GAUUCGAUUCAAUCCGAUUCAAACGCAUUUACCAUCCAAUAAAGAUAAGAUGUACUUGAAGAAAUUGGAGCAGAGAACAUGGACCCCAACAAUGGAAUCUAUACUAAACGAAUCGUUUUCUUGACUACGAUGGAUUCCUUCUCCUUGUAGAAAUCGUUCAAUUUGUCUCAUCAUUCAUAAUGCAUCCAAAAGCAGGCGCUUAGUUCAUCCCUCUUUCACUUCAAUUGCUCGAUUUUGCAAUGGAUCCCAACCCUAAGAAGUUCCCAAUUCUAUCAUAUGUAAUGGCUAAAAUCCCCAGUGUCAGUCGUUCUCAGUCGCCGGAGUUUGACAUCGAACAACCACGGCCGACGGUUCCUUCCACAUCUGAACCGGAACCCUACUUCGAACUCGCUGAACGCAUGCCUUACUUGAACGAUCCUGAACUUAUUGCUUCCAUGCGUGCAGCUGUCGCCGAUGUAUCUCGGACACGAUCUGUACUGAAAACCCUAGGUGAGUGUCCUGAUCAUGAAUUGAUCGAUAUCGCCAGGUCACGACUUGCUGAGAUCGAAGAAAGCUUGGUUAAUCAGCUUGAUGAGGUUGCGCUGUCUGAUGCGGAUGCGGUGGAGGUGGACAAGCGGAAGAAGGCGGAAGAGAUGGAGAUGCAGUCGUUUAAGGCUAUGAUUUCUUUGUAUGAGAUGCAUCAAUCAUAUGAGAAGAUGUUGAGUAUGGCGGAGAAGAGGCUUGAGAAGCUUUAUGAGGAAGCGAAGAAGGGAGGAAAAUCGGUUGCGGUUGAUGAUCAGGGGAGUUCUAGCGAGGUUCCAACUGUAGAGGAUGAUGUUAAGGAUGAAGUGGUUGCCAUUCUGAAGGAUGCGUUAGAGAAGGAUCUAGAAAGGAUCGAUUUAUCAGAUAGGCGGUUGCCGUUUCUUCCUGAAGCCUUUGGGAAGCUUCGUAUGUUGGUUUCUCUUAAUCUAUCUUCGAAUCAACUUGAGGUUAUUCCCGACUCAAUUGCUGGACUUGAGAGCCUUGAGGAGCUUAAUGCUUCUUCCAAUCUUUUGGAAUCUUUACCUGAUUCCAUUGGGUUAUUGCUGAAGUUGAGGAUUUUAGAUGUUUCUAGCAACAAGCUCGCUUCCUUGCCCGACAGCAUUUGUCACUGCAGGUCAUUGGUAGAACUUGAUGCUAGCUUCAAUAAGCUAACAUAUCUACCCACCAAUCUCGGCUACGAACUUGUGAAAUUGAAGCGCCUUUCGGUCCCUUUAAACAAGCUGCGCUCGCUUCCCACCUCUAUCGGUGAAAUGGAAUCUCUUCAGUUUCUAGACGCGCACUUCAACGAACUCCGAAUCCUGCCAUCAUCCAUCGGCAGGCUUUCGAAGCUCGAGAUUCUUAAUCUUAGCGGUAACUUCAGCGACCUUACAUCACUUCCCUUCACAAUUGGCGAUUUGACCAGCCUCAAAGAACUUGAUGUCAGCAACAACCAGAUACACGAACUUCCCGUCACCUUAGGCCGCCUCGAGAAUCUUGCGAAGCUGAAUGUGGAAGAAAACCCGUUAGUGGUUCCUCCUAAAGAAGUGGUGAAUGAAGGAAUCGAAGCGGUGAAGGUGUUCUUGGCGAAGAGGUGGCUCGAUAUGUUAGUAGCGGAGGAGGAAAAUUGCAAGUCGGCUGAGGUUGACCAACCACAGGGUGGUUGGUUAACUCGUAGCACCUCGUGGUUGACCACCGCUGUUGCUGGUGCCGCUGGAACUGUUGGCGGAUAUUUGGGCGGUGGAGGUGGAGGUGGAGGUGGAGGGAACACAAACACAAAGACAGACCCUUACCUCGAUCAACAACUAUGAUCAGGUUACUAGUUCAAGUCUCCUCAGGGCCAUUGGGGAUUUUCAUGGCUCCUCUGGGCCAUGGGGGAUUUUACUGGCUGCUCUGCUUUGGGCCACUGAGGAUUUUUCUUAAUGUUUUGGGUCACUGAAUAUUUUCUGGACUGUGAGAUAUUUUUGACUCUUAUAUUCAUGGGUUUUUUUUUGGUGGUUUGCAGGCAGGAAGAGAAACUAUACAUAGGAUAGUGGUGGUGUUUUUGCAAGCAUAUGGUGAUGGAAAGACUUCAUCUUGUAGCACUUCCCAUUGGUUAAAACAAAAUAAGUUGGGAUUGUUGUAUUUUGGGUUAUGAUAUUUUUUUAUGUAAAAUAGACAUUUCAUGAAAUGGUUUGUAUUCUUUAUUCUCU